AUACUUGCCUGAGAUUAUGAAUGAUGGGUUGACCAACCAGAUCAACAAUCCAGAAGUAGAUGUGGACAUCACAAGGCCAGAUACUUUCAUUCGACAACAAAUCAUGGCCUUACGUGUCAUGACAAACAAACUGAAGAAUGCGUAUAAUGGAAAUGAUGUCAACUUCCAGGAUACAAGUGACGAAACCAGCGGCUCAGGCAGCGGAAGCGGCUGUACGGAUGACAUCUGUCCCACUGAGUUUGAUUUCAUCACCACCGAAGCACCACCAGUUGACUCCGACAGGAGGGAGGUGGAGGCAUCAGCCGCACAGCCUGGCUGGUCACUGCAGACAUUGCUCAUCGUGUUCAUCAGUCUCGUACUGCAGAGACAGUGGAGAUAA